CUCCUUUAUCCUUUUUCUUCUCUCUCUCCCUCCCUCAAAGGCCUAUAAAUGCUCUUCUACACCCCCACAAUAGAUACACGGACAGACAUUGAGAGAGAAAGAGAUGGAGACAUUCCCAGUCAUUAACAUGGAGAAGCUUAAUGGUGAGCAGAGGGCUGCCACAAUGGAGAUGAUAAAAGAUGCUUGUGAGAACUGGGGCUUUUUUGAGUUGAUGAAUCAUGGGAUAUCUCAUGAGCUCAUGGACCGUGUGGAGAGGCUGACAAAAGAGCACUACAAGAAGUGUAUGGAAGAAAGGUUCAAGGAAAUGGUGGCAAGUAAAGGUCUAGAGGCUGCUCAGAGUGAAGUUGGUGAUUUGGAUUGGGAAAGCACCUUCUUCUUGCGCCAUCUUCCUGUUUCAAACAUCUCGGAGAUCCCAGAUCUUGAAGACGAUCACAGGAAGGCAAUGAAGGAGUUUGCUCUGGACUUGGAGAAAUUAGCUGAGCAGCUUCUGGACUUGCUGUGUGAGAAUCUUGGGUUAGAGAAAGGGUACCUCAAGAAGGCUUUCUAUGGCUCCAAGGGAGUUACCUUUGGCACCAAGGUUAGCAACUAUCCUCCAUGCCCGCGUCCAGAACUGAUAAAGGGCCUGCGGGCACACACCGAUGCCGGUGGCAUCAUCCUUCUCUUCCAGGACGACAAAGUCAGUGGGCUUCAGCUCCUCAAGGAUGGCGAAUGGGUGGAUGUGCCACCACUACGCCACUCCAUUGUCAUCAACAUAGGUGACCAACUUGAGGUGAUCACCAAUGGAAAAUACAAGAGCGUGAUGCACCGAGUGAUUGCUCAAACAGAUGGGAACAGAAUGUCCAUAGCAUCAUUCUACAAUCCGGGCAGUGAUGCAAUCAUCUAUCCAGCACCGGCAUUGGUGGAGAAAGCAGAGAACAAAGAAAUGUAUCCAAAAUUCAUGUUCGAGGACUACAUGAAGCUUUAUGCUGGCCUGAAGUUCCAAGCCAAAGAGCCUAGGUUUGAAGCAAUGAAAGCUAUGGAGAGUUCUGUAAAUUUGGGUCCAAUUGCAACUGUCUGACUGAUUAUUAUCUGAAAAACUAUGUAGUAUUUGGAUGUCUUCAUAUAUGACUAAUGCUUAAGGUUUGCUUAAUAUUACUAUUUCUUGUUUGGGUGUUUUAAUAGUAGAAGGUUUGCUUGGCUGGUGUGGGUUGAAGUCCUUAGAGUUUUGAGUGUGAUUAUAAUUUUGUGGAAGAGGUGUUCUUUGUAUAAAGUAACCAGAACUUACCUCUCUGAUAAGAUAUGAACAAAUGAGAGAGUAUAAUUCCUAUUACUUCGUCAUUCUGGUUUACCCAAAAAGGAAUGUGUUGAGAAAAUGUGAGUAGUAAAGUCAGAAAAAGUGUCUUUAUUAAACGGGC